AUGGCGGCGGAUGCGCGGAGGCCUCGGCCCGGAGCCGUCCGUCCCCUCAGGCCGGCGCGGGCAGAAAGAGGCGGAGCCGCUUCCGGCGGAACGGGAAGUGACGUCACGCCGUACGGCGGCAUGGCGGCCCGCGUGGCAAACAUGGCGGCCCGCAUGGCGAACAUGGCGGCGCCCUCGCGGUGCUGUGAAUCCAACGCCAAGCUCACCCAGCUCUCGGCCGAGUCUCCCGAGCGCGACUCCGGGAUCCCCAAGUGCGACGCCACCAUCCAGCUCCGGGACCGGGAGAUCGGGCAGUGCCUGGAGGAGCAUCGGAAGGACGAGGAGCGCGUGGCCCGGGUCACCCUGGACCCUCUCACGUCCCACCCCCUCCUGUUGCUGUCCCCGGACGGGCUCGUGGCCCGCUGGGCUUACGGUGGCCCGGAGCCUCCCGCGAGCCCCGAGCGCUUCACGGCGGCUCCGUGCGCGCUGGGCCAGCCCGCCUUCACCUCCGGUCGCCACACGUGGACCGUGGCCGUGUCCGAGGGCCCGUUCUGCGCCGUGGGCGUCAGCCUGGGCUCGGUGCUGCGGGGGUCGCGGGCCCUGAGCCCCCGGGCCGGGGUCUGGGCCGUGCAGCGCUGGGGGGGCCAGGCCCGCGCUCUCACCGAGCCCCCGACGCCGCUGCCGCGGCUCCCGCGCCGCCUGCGGGUGGCCCUGGACUACGAGGGCGGGCGCGUGGCUUUCUUCGACGGCGACCGGCCCGGGGCCAGCCCGCUGUUCGCCUUCGGAGCCGCCGCCUUCGGCGGGGAGAGCGUCCGGCCCUGGUUCUGGCUGGAGCUGGGCGAGAUCUCCAUCGUCCCGUGA